UUUUAUUCACACACACAAAUACAUACAACAUGUCUCAUUCUUUUGCAAAUUGUCCCCUAAGAUCAAGUUGCUUAUUCAUCACCAACCAUUCGACUCAAUCUAUUAUUACAGCCACAGAUGAAUUAUUGGAUCUGUUAGGAUAUUCAAUGACAGACAUCGUUGGACGGUCGAUAGUUCAGUUUAUUAAAUUAUCAUCCAAGCUAACGAUAAUACCAGAAUGUGCUAUACAACAUUCAAAUGGUCAGCUAUUAUCUUUUCAAGUCUGUAUUCAUCAAGAUCCCUUGGGUAGUUCAACUUGUCUGGACUAUUGGUUAAUGAAACCAAUGACCGAGCCUAGUCAGAAUAAACUAUUGAUACCUUCAAUCAUCAAACUGAGUCCAUUUGGUACGAUCGACCAAGUACAGAAUCAACACCUCGCACAACCUAAUCAUGCACUACUGGGUAGGCCGAUCAUGACCUUUAUCUAUAAUGACGAUGUUCCAAUACUUUGCAGUCACUUGUCUAAUUUAUAUAAAAGGAGUCAGGAAAAGAAUGAACCUAUUUGUUUACGCUGGUCUAAAAGUGAAUCCUUGUCGAACUAUGAAGAAAGUUUAAAUUAUGAUUGGAUGUCAUUUACACUACUAUCAAGUUAUAAUAGGCCUCUCUGUCUGAUCAGACCACUUCAAUGCGAAUCAUGUCAAUCUACAAAUGAAAUGGUUAUCAUACAAAAUGGAUUACUCUAUGACGUAUUGAUUUAUAUUCAUCAAUGGUUCGAAUCAACCAAGGUGUAUAUGAAAGAAUAUCUUCAAUAUGUAUUGUCUUAUUUAUUAAAUCAAGACACGCUCAUCGGCUAUUUCAUUAAAUCAAAUUCAAUCACUAAGCGAUCCAUUGGACUACUUGAAUUCAUUGGCUUAAUAUUAGAUCAAUAAAAUAAUUCAGCAGUUUGUUAUUUUAAAACUACCCGCUUAGAAUUACCUUUUAUGUUACGUCGUAAUACGUACUUGACUUUUUGGGAAAAAACUCGGAAAAAUUGAAUCAAUUAUUCAACGCCUGAAAGGAAGGAUUCUUUUGUAAUGAACGACGCCUUUAAUGAGUGAGAAGGAGGCCCAAGUAAAUUUUAAUAAUAUUCAUCAAGAUAUAGCGAAUCU